AUGACUUCAUUUGUAGAGCACAGUGACUGCACCACCCAACCCAAUAACUGCCUGGGGACAGACUGUGAGGUGACAAAGACCAAAACAUCGGCCAUCACGAAUCACCCAAAAUCACCCAGAAAAAGGCGGAGGUGUGCCGGAGAACCAGCUGACCCCAAGCGGACCGAAAGAAAGCCCUGCACAGAUAGGGAGGUCCCCAAAAAGAAGCCGAGAGUUGACCGAAACAAUGUCGUCACGGGCGAACUCACUGAUGUGCCAGUGGAGGGCCCGAUGGCCCACGGCACCAAGAGAAAGGCCGGCACUGACAGUGCGACACCCGGGAAGAAGAGGAGGGGCGGCACCGCUCACUCCAGUCAACCCACCCCGGUGUCAGCGGAGAGCGUCAAAGAGGCAGAGAAGAAGGCCGCUGCUGAGCAGCCGCCGGCGACAGAGACCCCCAGGAGGACGAGGAAGGAGAGCGGCCGUGACCUCUGCGAGAGCUCCGGGAGAACUUCCUCCUCCCAACAGAACGAUGGGAGCACGUCCAUCUCGUUCACGAAUUGCAAACCCAAAUUUGAGGAUGCGUACCUGCAGCUGAAGAAGUUUGGCGAAGGGGGCUUCGGAUCAGUUUAUGCUGGGAAAAGAAUAUCUGAUAAUUUACCAGUGGCCAUCAAACGCAUCCCGAAAGCUGACGUGGAGAGUCGACCAAUGGUCUUUGAUGGAAGGACACACAUGGUCCCCAUAGAGGCGCUCCUCAUGUUGAGAGCAGGAGGUGGACCGGCGUCUGUGGGGAAAUGUGCCGCAGUGUCGUUAAUAGACUGGUAUGAUCUGGACCAGGAGGUUCUCCUGAUCAUGGAGAGACCAGUCCCCUGUGUGGACUUGUUAACAUACCUGAUUAACAACGACUGUCCGCUGAGCGAGGACCAGGCCAAGGAGAUCAUGAAGCAACUGGUGGAAGCCGCCAUUAAAAUGCUCUCUGAUAAAGUCUUCCAUCGCGACAUUAAGACGGAAAAUAUUCUCGUCGAAACCACCCCCGAUGGUCCCCGAGUGCGGAUCAUAGACUUCGGAUGUGGCUGCUUUGUGAAGAAGAGGACAUACUACGACUACUCUGGAACCUCCGCGUACACUCCUCCAGAGUUUUAUUCAACGGGGAGAUACGCGGCCGGCCCCACCACGGUGUGGCAGCUGGGCGCGCUGCUCUUUGAAUUGCUGGAUGGACACAAACAAUUUAUCACCUCCAAGUUCCUCCGAAAGCAAAUCAACCUCAACAGCGAACUGUCCCGAGACUGCCACAAUUUAUUGAAGAUGUGUUUGGCCAUAAACCCGAGGGGUCGUGCCACACUGAAGCAGAUGCAGCUGCACCCCUGGUUUAAAUGA